UCGCCCAGGCGUCAGGCAAAGGCGCCGCAGAGCGGCAGGCCCCCGCUGGAGGACAGACGCACAGCACCGCACCGCUCCCUCCCGGCGGGAUGUUUGUGCCCUGCGGCAGUUCCGCUGCUCCGGACUUUGAAGACUUCACGCUCCUGCUGCCAGCAGUAUCAGUUGGGAAUGUUGGCCAGCUGGCGGUAGAUCUGGUUAUUUUUACCCUUGACAUGCCUAAAGUUGGUUACUUCUAUACUGAUUGCCUGGUGCCAAUGGUUGGGAAUAAUCCAUUUGCAACAGCAGAAGAAAACUCAACAGAGUUGAGUAUAAAUGCUGAAGUGUAUUCUUUACCUGCUAAAAAGCUUGUGGUUCUCCAGAUCAGAUCACCGUUUGUAAAGAACAAGUAUAGGUCAUUUUGUCAAACACUGCUUUCUUGGGUGAAAAGCAGUAGAUGUGCCAAAGUCAUUCUUCUAUCAAGCAGCCAUGCAUAUCAGCGUGAUGAUCAGCAGCUUCAUGGUACUCCACUACGAUACUUACUCUCACCUGCUAUUCAGAAAACAGCUGGAGAUCUAAUGCAGAGGCUAAACUGGAAAGAGAUGGAAAAAGUUGCUGCUUACCCAGGAGUAAAUGAUGCAGACAUGGUACUACGUAUUCCUGGAGGUGGCAUCACAACAUUAUUAUUCAGUGAGAGUUGUUCAAAUGGAAUUCAAAUGGCAGUUCUGUUGAAAUUCUGCUCAGAGGGGGACAACAUCCCUGAUGCACUGGCUCUUGUUAACUAUCUUAAUGAAUGGCUCCAGCUAAUUAAAAGUGAACAGAACAGCGAUGUGCCAGCUACUCCUUCACACUGGAAAAUACCACAUUCUUGGAGAUUACUCUUUGGUAGUGGCCUUCCACCUGCACUCUACUGAUUACUGAUUUUUCAAAAUACCAGAGUAAUCUCCCUCUAAAGAGUAACAGACAAUGUUGUUGCUUAGCAUUCAUUAAUAUUAUGUACAUUAAUAUCCUAUUUAUGCAAACAUUUCCUUUGAUACACUGUGAAUAUCAAAAUUAAUGUGGGUCUCACUCUGACCAAAGAGGUGUAUGGUGUGCACAGAAGUUUUUGGUAUCUUUUAGUGACUUUUUUCCUAAUAAAAUACAAAGUUUGUUUUUCUUUUA